AGGGCUAGGCUGGGGCCGGGUUCGCGGUGCUAGCUGAGACGGCGGCUGCGGCGGCGGCGGCGGCGGCUACUGGUGGAAGACCCGAUCGGGAGCCCGCGGCGGAGGCCGGGGCCGGUGCUGGGAGGGUGGCGGGGAGGGUCGGAGGGGGAAGAUGGCGACGUCGGGGGCGAACGGGCCCGGCUCGGCCACGGCCUCGGCUUCCAAUCCACGCAAGUUCAGUGAGAAGAUCGCGCUGCAGAAGCAGCGUCAGGCCGAAGAGACGGCGGCCUUCGAGGAGGUGAUGAUGGACAUCGGCUCCACCCGGUUACAGGCCCAAAAGCUGCGGCUGGCAUACACCCGGAACUCCCAUUACGGAGGUUCUCUGCCAAACGUGAACCAGAUCGGCUGCGGCUUGGCCGAGUUCCAGAGCCCCCUCCACUCACCUUUGGAUUCAUCCCGGAACACUCGGCACCAUGGGCUGGUGGAGCGGGUGCAGCGAGAUCCCCGAAGGAUGGUGUCCCCACUCCGCCGCUACCCGCGCCAUAUUGACAGCUCCCCCUACAGUCCUGCCUACUUGUCUCCUCCCCCGGAGUCCAGCUGGCGGAGGACAAUGCCCUGGGGUAAUUUCCCUGCAGAGAAGGGGCAGUUGUAUCGACUACCAUCUGCACUUAACAGGACAAGCUCCGACUCUGCCCUUCACACGAGCGUAAUGAACCCCAACCCUCAGGACACGUAUCCAGGCCCCGUACCUCCCAGUGUCCUGCCCAGUCGCCGUGGAGGUUACCUGGAUGGCGAAAUGGACUCCAAAGUCCCUGCCAUUGAGGAGAACUUGCUGGACGACAGGCACUUGCUGAAGCCCUGGGAUGCUAAGAAGCUGUCCUCCUCCUCCUCCCGACCUCGGUCCUGUGAAGUCCCUGGAAUUAACAUCGUUCCAUCUCCUGACCAGCCUGCCAAUGUGCCUGUCCUCCCACCUGCCAUGAACACGGGAGGCUCCCUACCUGACCUCACCAACCUGCACUUUCCCCCACCGCUGCCCACCCCCCUGGACCCCGAGGAGACAUCCUACUCGAGCCUGAGUGGGGGCAACAGUACCUCCAAUCUGACCCACACCAUGACCCACCUGGGCAUCAGUGGGGGCCUGGGCCUAGGCCCAGGCUAUGAUACGCCAGGACUUCAUUCACCUCUCAACCAUCCAUCCUUGCAGUCUUCCCUAAGCAAUCCCAACCUCCAGGCUUCCCUGAGCAGCCCUCAGCCCCAGCUCCAGGGCUCCCACAGUCACCCCUCACUGCCUGCCUCCUCCUUGGCCCGCCAUGCACUGCCCACCACCUCCCUGGGUCACCCCUCACUCAGUGCCCCAGCCCUCUCCUCCUCCUGUUCCUCCUCCUCUGCUUCAUCUCCUUUGCUGGGUGCCCCCCCUUACCCAGCUUCUACCCCUGGGGCCUCCCCCCGCCACCGCCGUGUACCCCUCAGCCCCCUGAGUUUGCCCGCGGGCCCAGCCGACGCCAGAAGGUCCCAACAGCAGAUGCCCAAACAGUUUUCGCCAACAAUGUCACCCACCUUGUCUUCCAUCACUCAGGGCGUCCCCCUGGAUACCAGUAAACUGCCCACUGACCAGCGGCUGCCUUCAUACCCAUACAGCCACUCAAAUCUGGUUCUGCCCGCCAAGCCAUCCACCCCAAAGCCUCUACAGCAGCCAGGGCUGCCCUCUCAGGCCUGCUCAGUGCAGCCCUCAGGUGGGCAGCCCCCAGGCAGGCAGCUACACUAUGGGACACUGUACCCUCCCGGCUCCAGUGGGCAUGGGCAGCAGUCUUACCACCGGCCAGGGAGUGACUUCAGCCUGGGGAAUCUAUCUCUGCACAGCUUGCUCUUUGAUGACUACUGCUUUGACCCCUUCUCUUCCUGGCACGCGCAGGCUCUGUCCCAGCAGCUGGAGCAGUUCAGCAUGGGGAGUUCAUCAUCCAGCCUGGCGCUGGAUCCCACCGGCUUUUCUGAGGGGUCUGGAUUUUUAGGGGGUGAGGGAUCAGUGAGUGGCUUCCAGGACCCCCAUGCCCUCAACCACCAGAACUUGACCCAUUGUUCCCGUCAUGGCUCAGGGCCUAACAUCAUCCUCACAGGAGACUCCUCCCCAGGCUUCUCUAAGGAGAUCGCAGCGGCCCUCUCCGGGGUGCCUGGCUUCGAGGUGUCCGCCGCUGGGUUGGAGUUGGGGCUGGGGCUAGAGGAGGAGCUGCGCAUGGAGCCACUGGGCCUGGAAGGGCUCAACAUGCUGAGCGACCCCUGUGCCCUGCUGCCUGAUCCUGCUGUGGAGGAUUCAUUCCGCAGUGACAGGCUACAGUGAGGGGACGCGUUACCAUCCCUCUGACUGGCCUGUUCCCAUCACUGUCCCUGUCCUCCCUCCCCCCUGGCCAGUAGAGACUCAGCUCUCUGCCCCCAGAUCCUCUUUCUAACAUGAAUGAGGGAUCCCACGAAUGAGGAAAAGCAAGGGGUUUAUCCAGGUGGCCCCUGAAUUCUGCACAGGGGUAGGCCUGGGGGAGCUCAAGGGAGGGUCUAAAGCACUUGUAACUUUGAACCGUCUGUCUGGAGGUCAGAGCCUGUUGGAAAGCAGGGGGUAGAAGGAGCCCCAGAGGCAAGGCUAGUUCUGGAUGCCCAGGGGUGGGCAGUGCCAGCCCCUCCUCACCACUCUUCCCCUUGCAUUGGAGGAGAGAGCCAGAGUGGAUAUUAUUUUUUAUUAAAUAUAUUAUAUGUUAAUAAAAAAACCAUAUCAAA